GAAAAUAGAAUUGGGAAAAUACUGAUGUGUUUUUCUGUAUACACAAAUACGAAAAUAAUAUUCAGCACGAAAUUAGAUGCUAACGCAAUACCUACUAUUCACGGUUUAAAAUUUCUGAGUAUGAGUUGGAUAGUUCUUCUUCAUGCCAUAUUCUUCAUGUUGAAUUAUGUCGACAAUAAAGCAUUAUUAUGGAGAUUUACCAUGGAUUUCUCUAUUCAAGUAUUAAGCAACAUAAUCAUACCAACAGAUACCUUCUUAUUUUCAAGCGGGUUUUUAAUAGCCUAUUUAUAUUUGAAGGAUAAGAUGGACAAAGAAAAAACCACAUCGAUUAAUUACAAAGCAAAAUUAAAUGAAUUCUUUAUUCAUAUAUUAAAAAGAUUUAUUCGAUUGACACCUGCGUACAUGAUGAUGAUAGGAAUACUGCAAUUAAAUUCGGCUUGGUACGACAAAAAUUCACAAUUUUAUCCAAAUUAUAGAUCUCACGAAAUUUGUACGAAAUAUUGGUGGAGAAAUUUUUUAUACAUAAAUAAUCUGUUCGAUCUAGAUUCGAUGUGCAUGAUUUGGAGUUGGUAUUUAUCCAAUGACAUGCAAUAUUUUAUAAUUGCUACUGUGCUACUGAUUUUGUCAACAGUGUAAGUUGAUGUAUCGAGGAUA